AUGCAGCGGGCAGGAAGCAGUUUCUCCAGCCGGCAAGAACCGGGGGAGAGCCGGGUGGCGUCCCGAUGUCCCAGCGCAGCGUCCCGAUGUCCCAGCUCGACCUCAGCUGAACGAAAUCAAGUGGCCACACUACCCGUGCGGCUGCUCAGGGAUGAUCUGGCUGCAGCGCACGGCACCAGCCGUGCAGAUGCAGCUUUCCAGAUGAAGAUGGACGCCCACGGUUUCGCUCCGGGGGAGCUGAUGGUGCAGGUGGACGGCCAGAACCUGACGGUGACCGGUCAGAAGAAACAGCAGUCGAAUGACCCGGUCAGGGGCAGUUACCGCAUGGAGCAGACAGUGCACCGGCAGAUGCAACUCCCACCGAACUUAGAUCCUGCAGCUAUGACCUGCGGCCUGACACCAUCGGGCCAUCUGUGGGUCCUGGGACAAAACCGGUCACUAUCUCCCCCUGAAGCUCAAACAAGCCAGACCUGGAGACUCAGGGGCCUCGGAUCUAAGGGCUCCAAAUGAUCCUGACCCAUUAAACAACCGAGAUGUGCAGCA